CGCGGGAGUCACAGUCGCGGCUCUCCACGCACCUCUUUCCUAGCAGGGCUUAGUGCCUGAUCUUCGCGUGAGGCUCCUCGCUGCCUCUUGUCAGGCUGUGGGAGCCCAUGGAGGGAAAGGAGGAUAAGCGGCAACAGCAUAAAAAAAUAGAAGAUGCUGGUAUAGAGUAUGUAACUGAAAAAAAAGAAGAAAUCAAAUAUGACGAAAAACCCAGGAAAAGUGUACAACGUUCAAAACCAUGUGUCGGGAGAGGACGUGUAUAUUAUGCAAAAUUCAUUCAUACAAAUGCAAGAACAUUGAAUGAACCAGUUCCUUACAUAGAUCCCCAAAAAGGGCCAGAAAAACAGGGUGACUGGUGGUCGCACAGUAAAGGAAUGGAACACCCCUUCCAACCACCUUAUGACACUAAGAGCACCCAGAGGAGUGACUUUCAAAAACCAACAUGUCCAUUGGUUUUGCCAGUCAAACACAGCAAGUUGCAAAAGCCUUCUUGUGGAAUAGUUCCACUUGCCUCUCCUGAAGCAUCAGCAGAACUUCAAAAGAAUUUUAUAGAACACAUCUCUUAUUUACAUCAAUACGAUGCUAGGAAAAGUCCCAAUGAGCCCAUCCUGGGAAAGCGACAUGGAGCUUUUGUGCAGACAGAGAUAAAACCAGGGAGUAGGCCAAUAGUUCCUACGGGAACAGAGGUAUUACGGAACGCUGCGGGGUCAUGCUCAUCAGAACAGUCCAAAAAAACAGAGAAAGGAAACUCAGCGGAAAGCAAAAUGAUCUCACCAGGUCUCUGCCGACAAAAUUCCCCAGAGCUGUUAGAGACUGAAACUCACUUAUCAGAAACAGACGUCAGAGGGGCAGCCAAGGCAUGCCCCAGAAGUCCUGAGAGAAGAGAGAAGGCUGCAGACACCUUCCAAAUAACUGCAGUAAAUGCUCUUCUCCCCAGGCAUGAUCCUUUAAAUCCACCAAUAAAAAGCCAGAAUAAAUCAGGAUAAAUUACCUUCUUCAGAUGAAAAUCUAAUCCUUGGAAUGUAGACAAAUUUCAGAAUCACCAUACAAGCCCUCACAGUUGCUUUUUCUGUUAUCAAUAAACUAAAGAAAUUCAAUUUACAUAAAUGGGAAAAUGAAAAAAAAGACAAUUAAAAUACACCAGAAAUUUAAGAGUGGUCUCUAAU